AUGCCCAUCAAAGCAGUGCUCUUCGACUUCAUGGGCACCUGCCUAGACUGGCACAGCGCCGUAGCCGCCUCUCUGCCUCCCUCCCUCCCGGAGGAGACCCGCUCGCAGUUCGCCCUCUCCUGGCGCCAGGCCUACUUCGACCACAACACAGCCCGCCUCGCCAGCGGCCAGCCCCCAGAGGACAUCGACAUCUCCCACCGGGCCACCCUCCGCGCCCAGCUCGCCUCAUCCCCGCCCGAGGUGCAGGCCGCCUUCGCCUCCACGCCUGGCGCCGAGGAGGCCUGCAUAGCGGCGUGGCACAGCCAGCCGGCCUGGCCCGACGUCGCCCCCGCGAUCGAGAGGCUGCGGGCCGAGGCCGGCGGGAGGGACCUCGACGUCCUGGUCCACGCAAACGGCACCGCCCGCUUGCAGCUCGACCUGUGCCGCUCCUCGGGCCUGCGCUUCGACGCCCUCCUCUCUAGCGAGCUGCUGGGCGUCUACAAGCCCGCGCCGGCGAGCUACCGCCGCGCGCUGGAGCUGCUGCGGUGCGAGGCCGGGGAGUGCGUCAUGGUCGCCGCGCACGCGUACGACACCCGUGGCGCCAAGGCGGUGGGCAUGAAGACCAUCUACGUGUACCGCUGGACCGACGACAUAAACGAGGACCAGGCUACUGUGCGGCGCGAGAACGACGUGUACCUGGAGAGCAUGGACGGGCUUGCCGAGGCGGUGGCGCGGCUUGGCUCGAGCUGA